AUGAGGGAGGCCUCGCUGCAAAGGUGCCACUCCUGACAAGCAGGCCCGUGCGCGCCUCCAUCUCCCCGCUCCGCAGCCCAGCAGGGUCCGUUCCCCCCGGGCCGCCCGUGGGCCGGCCCGGCCUCCCCCGAGAGCCGCAGUGGUUGGUCCUGGGGCAGGGCGGGAGGGCACUCGGUGCGCCGUUCGCUUCCGAGUUCGGGCGCGGGCGGGCGCUCUGUGGUUGCUCCUCCCCGCCGGCGCUCUGGCGUGGCGCAGGCGGGCACUAUGCGCAGGCUCGGCCCUUGCCUCAAGAUGGCGGCGGUGGCGGAUAAACAGAAACACGAGCACGGGCGGGUGAAGAUCGGGCACUACAUCCUGGGGGACACGCUGGGCGUCGGCACCUUCGGGAAAGUCAAAGUUGGAAAACAUGAGUUAACUGGGCAUAAAGUUGCCGUGAAGAUCCUGAAUCGACAGAAGAUUCGCAGCCUUGAUGUUGUAGGCAAAAUCCGCAGGGAGAUUCAGAACCUCAAACUCUUCAGGCAUCCUCAUAUAAUUAAGCUGUACCAGGUCAUCAGUACACCCACUGACAUUUUCAUGGUGAUGGAAUAUGUUUCAGGAGGAGAACUGUUUGAUUAUAUCUGUAAAAAUGGAAGGCUUGAUGAGAAGGAAAGUAGACGUCUGUUUCAGCAAAUCCUUUCUGGUGUAGAUUACUGUCACAGGCACAUGGUAGUACAUAGAGAUCUGAAGCCUGAAAAUGUGCUUCUGGAUGCACACAUGAAUGCCAAGAUAGCUGACUUUGGUCUAUCAAAUAUGAUGUCAGAUGGAGAAUUUUUAAGAACAAGCUGUGGUUCCCCUAACUAUGCUGCACCAGAAGUAAUUUCUGGAAGGUUAUAUGCAGGUCCAGAAGUAGAUAUUUGGAGCAGUGGGGUUAUUCUCUAUGCUUUGUUAUGCGGAACACUUCCAUUUGAUGAUGAUCAUGUGCCAACCCUUUUUAAGAAGAUAUGUGAUGGUAUCUUUUAUACCCCUCAGUACCUGAAUCCAUCUGUAAUUAGUCUUUUGAAGCACAUGCUGCAAGUGGAUCCAAUGAAAAGAGCAACCAUCAGAGACAUUAGGGAACAUGAAUGGUUUAAGCAGGAUCUUCCAAAAUACUUGUUUCCUGAAGAUCCAUCUUAUAGCUCUACAAUGAUUGACGAUGAAGCCUUAAAAGAAGUGUGUGAGAAGUUCGAAUGUACUGAAGAGGAAGUGCUAAGUUGUCUGUACAGCCGAAAUCAUCAGGACCCUCUAGCUGUUGCUUAUCACCUUAUUAUAGAUAACAGAAGAAUAAUGAACGAGGCCAAAGACUUCUACUUGGCCACAAGUCCACCAGAUUCUUUUCUGGAUGAUCACCACCUGUCUCGCCCUCACCCUGAACGAGUGCCAUUUUUAGUAGCUGAAGCACCACGUCCUCGCCACACCCUUGAUGAGCUGAAUCCACAGAAGUCAAAACACCAAGGUGUAAGACGGGCUAAAUGGCACUUGGGAAUACGGAGUCAGAGUCGACCAAAUGAUAUCAUGGCUGAAGUUUGUAGAGCAAUUAAACAACUGGAUUAUGAAUGGAAGGUUGUAAAUCCGUAUUAUCUGCGUGUUCGGAGGAAGAAUCCAGUAACAAGUGCAUAUUCCAAAAUGAGUCUCCAGUUGUAUCAGGUGGACAGCAGAACAUACUUACUGGACUUCCGUAGUAUUGAUGAUGAAAUUGCUGAAGUGAAGUCUGGGACUGCAACUCCACAGAGAUCAGGUUCUGUGAGCAACUAUAAAUCUUGUCCAAAAGAUUCAGAUGCUGAUGCUCAAGGAAAAUCUGCGGAUACAUCCCUUACCUCAUCAGUGAACUCUUCACUUGACUCUUCCACAGCUGACGUAACUCCAAGACCAGGGAGUCACACCAUUGAGUUUUUUGAGAUGUGUGCAAAUCUUAUUAAAAUACUUGCACAGUAAUUUUGAAGAUGGGCUUAUUUCUUUUAGAGCAAUAAGCAUGCCUAAAUCAUAGUCAGAUGCUUCCAGUUAGAAUCAAGUGAAAUUAACUAAGACGCUGAAAAAGCUAGCCACAGAAUGCAAUUUGCAUGGGGAUUAAAAUUAUUAUGGGCAGUUAACAUGUAUUAUUUUGAAGCUGGAGUGAAUUCUGAUUGCCUGCUGUCCAAUAGCACGACACAGGUACAGGAAAUAACAUGCCCUUUGGGUAAUGUUUGUAACAUUUUACCUUGAGUGCAAAAUAGGCUGCCUAUAACAUUUAAACUAGAUGGACCUCUUUGUUUUUUUUAUCUAGUUAUACAUAUAUCUGAUGCACUGUAAGUUAACAUACACGUACUAGUUCAGUGAUCUCAGUAUGACUUGUUGGUCACCCUCUGCAGUUGUGACUCAGAACUAUCAGCAUCUCCUAACAGAUGUUAAUGUGUUAAAACUGCUAUGUUUCUUCCCCCUUAUUUGACAAAAAAUAAUAAAGAAUGCUAUGAUGUCUUACAAUGUACUACUUUUAACAAAAGUGUUAUUAAAGGCAUGCACAUCUGGCCAGUUGGAAAUGUGUAGGUGGUCUGUAAUGAAUUGAGGGUGAAAAUUCUGGGGACAGUGAGUAGAAUGAUUGAGUCCAUAACAGUGGCAGGAGACUUAAUGCUGAGAAGACGUGGCAUCCCAUGGCUAAACCAAAAUGUUGCUUUGCAGAGAAACUCUGAGGAAGCUCCUCCUUGUCUGUACAUGUUAUCUUAGUGUGGUAGCAGCACAGCAGCUCCCCACUGCUACUGCAGGCUGAGAAUCCUUUUCCUUAGAAACGUGUCCCUGUAGGUAAGAGCAGAGCCUGAGGGCUGUUUCAUGCUAUUCCAGAAUCUGAAAUUUACAGGUUUUUAAUAUAUAUGUUCAUACUUUGAUACAGUUGGUUAUCAUGUUAAUUUAUGAUAUACUACAUAAUAUUCAGUAUGAACUGAAAACCACAUACUCAAGUUUCUAAUUUUUCCUAGGCAACCUUUAUAGGAAACUUAGCUAUUUAAUGUAACUGAAUUAAACAGUCUACUUUUCAGUUGAGCAUUGAAAACUGAUCAUGACAACUUGAGUGCUAGAGUUUUUAAUAGUAGAUUGCAAUUCCCCAUAAUAAAAGUCCUUCUGCGUUUAUGGUUUUUGCAGCAUUUCAGGAAAAAACCUGAACUUUGUAUGUUAAAAUCACAGGUAGUACUUGCAUAAAAAUCUUUAGUCUCUUUAAAUUGGAUAUAAUUAGCCAUUGUUCCAUUUUCAUCUGGCACGUAGAAGACAUAAACAGUCAUAAAAUACUUAGUUUUGCAUUCAAGACUUAAUGCUUGCUUCAAAAUAAUAUUCUUAACCUACAUAGUUUCAAAGAUUGCUCCCCUAUGAAGAGGCUGGAACUCCAGGCAUUACUACGAACAGUGAAACCUGGGCUCUUCACAUGGAUGGAAAUUCUUACCAAUUGCUGAGAUUUUAUCCAUGGGAAGCUGCUAGCUACAGAUAUAGGAACAGUUUAAAUCCUGGCCAGCUGGGUGCAGUUCAGAAAUUCACAUGCAAAGAAUCUGAAGAAACAAGGCUAUUUUUAAGCCCCUGAAAUGCUGUAACUGUGUUUUGGACUCUGGGAUUGUGAGGUCUGUCUAAUAGGUGGGUACAAGUUUACAUCUUCAUUUUUUUUAUGCUCAUAUGUCACAAAUGGUCCCUGUAGGCACAUUGGCUGUAUCACUGUACCUUAAAGUGGAAGAUUUUCCAAAGUGGAAGUUAGUCUCAGAAGUUGAACUCCAAAACUUUAAGAUGCCAAUGUGAGGGACCAGUUGCAAAUCCUAGAAAGAAGUCCUGUCUUUAGUCUUGUAAGAAUUGGUACUGAUGUACUGAAUAAAUCAAUGUGUUCAUUUUUGUUACCCUGUAUUUUGGAAUUAUUAAGUAUUGCACUUGUAUAAACACUACAAACGCACAGGUUUUUAAAUUGUAGCAAUUCCUCAUCUGGGAAUUGGUUUGGGAUCACUUGCAUCUAUUAAACUAUUUAUAAAUGCUGUCUGGUCCUUGCAAUGCUGACAACACAUUCAAGGUGUAAAGAUGCAAAAUAGUUCUUAAUUUUAUAUACCUUUUCAGCCCUCUUGUGCUUUAAGACAACCUUGGUUUGUCCUUAGUUUUGGUAUCAGAAAAUUAAAGCAAGUUUCUGCAGAAGUGUACAAUAUAUGUAGUUGUAAAUAAAAGUACAUUUUUAUAGUAGAUCAAUUUUGAUGGCCAAAGGUUUUCUGAUUGAAUUGAGAUUUUUAUAGGGAAGGGGAGGGGUAGAAAGGGGCACUAACAACCAAGUUGAACCGAGUUGCCUGUUGUGUGGCUUUCCUAUGCUUUCUACAUCUUGCUGUUGAAAUUGCUUUCUUCACAUGUUCCUACUGAUCUUGCAGACCUUUAGGAUUGCACUAGAAGCUGCCAAUAGGCUGUGAAAUGAAACUUCACUAAGAGAGCUGCCAGAGUUGUAAGGUAGCUUAUGCAGAUAUACACAAACUCAUAAAGUGUGUUACUCUAUUCCCAAGCUUACUCUUGUUGGAGUACAAUGAGUUACCUUGUCUUUGUAUUGUAAUUUUUUCUGUAACAUGGAUGAAGCUGGGCUGUCCAUGUGCAAUAUAAAUCACUAGGUAAUGGAUAAAAAUUCAUCUCGGUGGUGCAAUAUGAAGAAAAAAAUCCUUUCAUGUUUGUCUUGAUAUGAGUGUUUAAUACAAACUUUGAGCUAAAUUUUAUUUUACCAGUUGAUUACCAUUGUAAGAUACGAAGUCCUGUUCUUUAACAAAGAUGUGCCUAUUUCCUGUUAAUUUCUUUUGACAAAGCUGAAUGGCAAAAUUGCUUGUUUCUAACUGUAUAACUUUUUAAACUUUCAAAACUAAAACCUAAGUAAACAUGAAACACUGAA